AUGAUAAGUAGAGAAGCCUUAGUCGCUGAGCUUCAAGAAUGCAUCAAUCAAAAGGACUUCACAUCAAUCCGACGAGUAAUUGCUGACAUUAUCCGCUAUCGUGUCAAUGUGACUAUAACUCCGACAGAUAAAGUGAGAUGCUCCUCACAUUUCUAUCUUUACCAAGGAAUGAAUAAUGAAUUUUCCAAGAACGAUCUUUACGCAUCCUUUAUGUGCUCGAGAGGUCAUAGAUCUUGUAUUGAAUGUCUGAGAAGCUACCUAUAUCCUCUUAUACAAAAAAAGGGUUUCAUGCAGAGAUUUGAAUGCAUUGCUUGCAUCAAUCAGCAUAUCCCUCAUUCACAACUUUUUGACCAAAACUUACAAUUAGAAUAUAUUCGUCAUAUACUUGGUAAUGAUGCCUAUGAGCAAUUAGAGAGAGCUUUAACUAUAAAUGAAGAAGAAACUAAAACUGAUUUAUAUGAUCAAUGCGCAAAAUGCAGCUUAAGACAAUUCCCAUGCCAAACAGCCUGCGUAAAUGGCCACAAACUCUGCCUUCAGUGUGUUGCUGACUAUAUUACUGAUGUGCACAAAAGUGAAGAAAAAUUUAAGUGUCUGAUUCAAGGCUGCAAUAGGAAGCUUUUCCAUGACACUAUUAAAAAGCUUCUAGAGCCGAAUGAAGAUCUUAUUAGUUUAGUUUGGAAUAAACUUACAAUCCCAAACAUGCGCUUAUCUGUGUGCCCUAAUCCUCAAUGCAAUCGCAGACUAGAAUUAGAUGUGCGCGAAUUCAAAGAAACUUGCAAAUAUUGUGGUAUCAUUAUUUGUACUCGAUGCACAAAAGCAGCUCAUGAUGGAACUUCUUGCUAUAACCAAAUAGAAGUUCUAAAUACUGAUGCUCUUUUUGUGGAUCUUGAACCUCCUAAGCACGGGUAUCCAAGGACAAUAAAUGAAGAAGAAUAUAUCAAUGCGAAAUACUCAUUUGACCAGUUUAUAAAGCAGGAUGAUAUACUAGUUAAAUCAGUAAAACUAAUAGUCAACCGAAAGCUUGAGGAAAUAUUUGAGCAAAGAAGGAAACAGCUCAUAGAAGAAGGGAAAAAAGAAGGGGAGGACUGAAGCAAAGAAAAGUAUGUUUUUCAUGCCUCGAAAUAUGAAAAUUACGAAAAAAUAUGCAGAGGAGGGUUCAAAAUUGGUGGAAUUGAUCCUGGCUUUAACGCAGUUAACGGUGUAGCACAUGGUUUUGGAGUAUAUACAGCAACUACUCCAGAUUUUUCACUUAAUUACGCAAAAGAAGGCAACUGGAUGAUGAUAUGCAAAGCAUUGCCUGGGAAAAAUGGCAAUAAAGUAAACAGCCCAGAAGAAUUGAUGAGAGCUACCCACCAUUCUCAUCUCUGCAGAAGUCCUGGGACUCGGUAUGAUGAUAUUCAAGUAUUUUUCACAUCCGCACAAGUGCUCCCAAAAUACCUUGUCGAGUUUGCUAGCCGAAGAGAAUAA